AUGACCAAACGCGCCCGAGUUAUGUGGUGGAACAACCCGACGCACGGGGUCACGGCGACCCGCUGCCCGCUGGUCGACGACUUGGCCUCGUCCGUCGGGCGAAGGCUGACCCCCUUGGACGCAGCAUUCGUGCUUGAGUUUCAUGGACACAGAACCGCCCUUCAGAAGUGGAUCGCACCCAAGCCAGCACUUCGACGCGGCUGCCCCAUUGCCUUCCAUGACAACGCCGGGGUACCCAUGGUACCUAAACGAAACACGGCGGCAAUCGCGAGAGUAUGCUACUGUGCUCGUGGACGAGCGUCGAUCCGCCACCAAGUGGUGCCGCAGAUCCAAGACGACGACUGA